GCUCAUCUCACCUACCUACUCAACCAAGUAUCUACACUCUUCCUGUACAUUCAAUACCCUCAAGUCGCUCACUUGCCAUUCUCUUUUCAAACCACAAGUUACAAUGAAGGCCACUUUCGUUCCCCUCGUCCUGGCGACCGUCGCCGCCGCCAACCCCAUCAAGAUCGUCGAAGACAUCACCCAGUCCAUCGGAUGGCACAAGAAGGGCGGCGAGGACAAGGACCGCAAGGGCAGCUGGGGCUCCUCGGGCCCCUUCACCUUCACCUCGACCUACAAUGUCAUCGCCACCCCGGGCCAGGUCGUCGACAGCAACAACACCUUCACUGGCGGCCUGGAGGGCGCCGUCGGCUACUACAGAUACGGCAUCAACUCAUGGGAGAACGUCAUCUGCUACAACAUCACCCUCGUCAACUUCCAGGGCGAGUACCAGUCCCCCGCCUUGACCGCCACCCACAUCCACCAGGCACAAAAGGGCCGCGCCGGACCUCCUCGCAUUGCCCUCCCUAACCCGGUCCCCGUCGAGGGCUCCUCCACCAUCCGCCGCAGCAUCGGCUGCCUGUACGGCCCCUUCGUCACGGGCGUCAACACCACCGGCGUCGACAGCGGCGCGGGCUUCGUCGUCAGCCAGAUUGAGGAGAACCCCGCUGACUUCUUCACCGACGUCCACUCCAGCCUCGCCGUCCCCGGCGCCGUCCGCGGCCAGCUGAGCGGUAGCGAGGACGAGGACUGCGAAGAGGAGGAGAAGAAGAAGAUCUAAGGGGGCGGGAUGCGUUCGGAUCGUACAUGGUCCGCGGGAGGAUGAUGAAAACUCUCUGUUUCUGACGCUGCUGCCGGGCAUGGAUCGCAUGUUCGGCGGCCAACCAUGUGUAAUACUUGCUUGGCGAUGAGCGGGAACACCGCACCGCCAUUUCAUUCAUAAUAUUUAAU